UCGGCCCCCUCCAAAUUCACUCUCGAACUAAUCCCUCUCUCGCUCUCUCGAGAAAACCUUUUUAUUUUCCUUCCAAACAAACAGAGAUGGCCAAAGGAGGCAAACUCACAAAACUGAAGUCAGUCCUCAGGAAAUUGAACUCGUUCAACAACAACAACAAGCAAAGCAGCUCCAUUGCUUCUGCCACAGCAGACGAUUACUCCUCCUCGGUCACCGGAGAGCACCUCCACCCGGUCUACGUCGGAAAAUCAAGGCGGCGUUACCUCAUCAGCUCCGACGUUCUCGAUCAUCCGCUCUUCAAGGAGCUCGCAGAGUGGUCAAGUGAGUCGAACACUCUUACUGUUUCGUGCGAGGUGGUUUUGUUCGAGCAUUUGCUUUGGAUGCUGGAGAAUGCAGAUCCACAGCCGGAGUCGCUUGAGGAGCUCGUUGAGUUCUACGCUUGUUAACGAGGUUGUUUGGCAAAGAAUGGCCAUAAAUGACUCACUGAAUGGCAAAAUCAGUAUUAAUUACAGGUUGUAAAUUUGUAUUUAUUGAAUAAAGUUGAUUAUUAGAGGAAAAUCUGAGUUGUGAGAGUUCAAUUUGAACGGCGAGAGAAACUGACCCGUAAUUCACACAGGCUAAUCCACCCUGGCCUGGUUGGGACUGUAUUUAUCUCCUUGUAUUUCUUUUUACAAAUAUAUAAAUGUUCAUUUUAUUCCCUUAA